AACCACACACACACACACACACACACACACACACACACUGACACUAGAGAAAAUGAAAACAGUCAAAAACACUAUUUCAGCCCAUCCUGUUUUUCUGUCAGCUCACCAAGACAAACCUCCCACGCUGCCAACGUUAACAUAAAAAAACACACACUGAUGUGGUUCAGUAUUCAAGAGAAUUGAGAGCUGCACUGUUGCAAACAAAACAAUUACGGAGAUAUGAAGGGAACAUUUUUCAGUUAGUAUUUGUCUUCAAAAUCCAAAAAUGAUCAGAAAUGUAUUUGAAAAUGAAAAAAAGAAAGUUCAAUCACUCUGUAGUUGUCCUUCUGAAUAAACAAAACAUACAUUCUUGAAAGGGUUAUUCCAGACAAAUAGAAGAAAUAUUUCAAGCAGUAUCUAAAUGAUGCGUAUUAAAUAUUUUAAAUGCUUAUUCCGUGAGAUUGAAUGUAUGCAAAUUCCGUCACAUUGUAUAUUUUCAUUUGAAAUGUUCGGUCUUAUUAUUUUACGAUAUGCAUUUACUUGAGAGAAAAAUAAAUAAAUCACAAAACAGCCUUUUCCGCGACACACGCGCACACACACACACACACACACACACACACACACACACACACACACACACGAAGCCAACAGCUUUUCCACAAGCUAUCUGAGACGUCACUAUUCUAGAUGAUUGACAGUCGGCUCCAGCUAAUCCGGUGUCUGUCCGUGUUUUGCACGAGCCAAUGAGCGUCAGGAAGUCAGUGUUUGCGGAAGUUGUGAAGCAGUUCCCCACGCAGCGAGUUUUCAGUACACGUUUUGCCAAGUUUGUCUCCUUUACCGUCAUUUAAAUGCACAGAGGUCCAACAGAAUAUGUUUGUGUUGACUUGGAUCCAUUAGCGUUACAGAACAGUUAAAAAAAAUUACUUGUAACGGAUAUCUUUUCUCACAUGUACCGCGCGUGAGUUACUGCUCGUCUCCGAGUCCUUCUGAACACAACUCGGCUCAACUUCAUUGUGUUGCAUCCCACUUUCAGUCUGCUGAGUUCAGACGUCGGCUUGCGGCUGCUUCAUUGCCCAGAUAAGUAGCGGACUCUCCGGGCAGCGGGACCGGGGGUGGCUCAGACAUGAACCCACCGAAGCGGCUCCGCACCGACGACAUUGAAGCGGAAGCACCGCCGGGGGGGCGGGAGGAGGAGGAGGAGGAGGAGAGGGCAGUGGAUGUGAGUAUUGUCAUGCCGAUGUACAAUGCAUCCUGCUGGCUGGAUGAAUGUCUGCAGGCCGUGUUACACCAGGACUUCACUGGGACCAUGGAGCUCUCUGUCUUUGACGAUGCAAGCACUGAUGACUCCAGGAAAGUGGUGGAGGGUUGGAGGGAGAGGCUGGAGGCGAGGGGCAUCUCUUUAGUGAUCUCUGGUCACGACUCUGCACAGCCCCGAGGAGUGGGAUAUGCCAAGAAUAAGGCAAUAUCUCAGAGUCGUGGACAAUACUUGUGCUUUCAGGAUGCGGAUGAUGUUAUGUUGCCUGAAAGAGUUCGCCUGCAGUAUGAGGCAUCUCUCCUCCACCCAAACUCUCUGAUUGGCUGUAAAGUACAGAGGAUACCAGAGGGGUCUACUGAGCGUUACACUCGCUGGAUCAACACAAUCAGUCAGGAUCAGCUCAUCACACAGGUAUACACGUCUCAUGGUCCCACAGUCGUCAUGCCAACAUGGUUCUGCUCGAGGAGCUGGUCCCUGAAGGUUGGACCAUUUGACGAGGGAGGCAAGGGAGUACCAGAGGACUUGCUCUUCUUCUACCAGAGUAUUCGCCAAGGAGGGGGCGUGGCCAGAGUUGACCAGUGCCUGCUGGUUUACCGUUACCACGAGAAGGCUGCCACACACUCUGUGAAAGAAGAAACCAUUUGGAAGCUGCGAGUGGACUUCCUGCAGGAGAGAGUUCUUAGCCAAUGGGAGAGCUUCACCAUAUGGAACGCUGGGAAGCAGGGCCGGAAGCUAUACCGAUGCCUCAGCCCGACCAAUCAGGAGAAGGUGAAGGCUUUCUGCGAUGUCGAUGAGAACAAGAUCCAGAAAGGCUUCUACACGUAUGAGGAAUCCAAGCAAAGACCGAAGCCAAAAAUCCCAGUACUGCACUAUAAAGACGCCUCCGCCCCUUUCAUUAUCUGUGUUAAACUGGACAUGACAGGAGGCGUCCUCGAGGAGAACCUCAACUCUUUGCAGCUAAAGGAAGGAAUAGAUUACUUCCACUUCAACUGACUGCUCAGGGUGACGGAGAAGACAGGAGGAUCCCUGCAGACUUAACAGGCAGCUGAGAGGAAGGCAGAGGACUGAGGGAUUGGCAGGCAGGUGAUAACAGGAAACGUGAACUCGACACUGGAAUGGAGACUACCAAGACAAAGGAAAGAGAUGGUUAUUAUUUAUUGUAAGUGUUAAAAGAUGUUUUUCAUGCAUGGGAAAGAAUGUGGAAAUGUUCUUCAAGUUUUACUUGGCAGAGUUGACGGAACGACACAUCCCAGCCCUGAGUUCUCUGCCUCACACCUGAUCCACAGCACUGGGGGAAAACUGAAACCACCAUCUCAUAUCUGGCCAUUAAAUAUGAAGCUGCGGCAGACAGGAGAUGCUUCGCUUAGCACAAAGACCGGAAACAAAAGGAAAUACAAAUGAGCAAAAAUGAGCCUAAACAUUUAAUAACGUGUUUGUUUGGGCAAAGCAAGUUUAUAUGAAUUGCAAUUUUUAUGGCCAACGGCACUUCAAAAUGUUUUACAUGAUAUCAUAAAAUUACAUAAACUAGAAAAACACAAGAAAUAAGACAAUUUAUACAAGAUUAAAUAAAUAGAUACAAUGAUUUAUAUAAAACAGUAGAAAUAAAGUAGAUUUAAAAGAUGUAAGAAGAGCAAACAUAUAGAAAUGUAAUAUUUUUAAAUGCCCUCUGGAAAGUCAGAGGUAAACAGGAAUGUUUGAAGCCUCAUUUCAUGCUUAUAACUUUUCAGCCUUAAAAUGUUGAAAAACAACUCAGUCUUUGUUACAUAUCCCAUUGAGUUGUGUUUCCAACAAUGUUCAAACCCCAAGAGAUCUGUGAUGUUAAACAAGGAAAUGACCUGUUUCAUCUCAGUCACUCGUCACAAUACAGUAGCUUGUAGGUAAACUCCUGAUGAUACCUCAGAGAAUGAGGAAGGAAGUUGGUGAACUAACUUAACAUAAUGUAAAUAAAACUUUACCUGGCCUGAAACCUGAUCUCUGCCAGAGUGAUGUCAGAUAGAUUUUUCUUGGCAGAGUUUGGCUCGACAAUGACGACUCCCAUGAUUCCACGCUACUUCACGUCAUCAUUACACUAUGUCUUUUGUCUUCAUUGCUUCAGAACACUUACUAUGUGUUUAAAAGACCACAGGGUUGGAGCAGACCUCAAAUGUUCUGGGAGUUUGUUUCAGAAACCGAAGGCUCCUCUGCAAUGUUUGGUUCUGAUCAUGGACAUCAGAGAUGUGUGAGGCCCCAAACCACACAGUGCUUGUAAGUCAAUAAUAGUAUUAGUGUAUCAGUGAUAAAAAUGGCUAUAUGGGUGCAGUAUUCAUUUCUACAGUUUUUAUAUAGAUUAAACAGAGCUUUGUUGUUUCCAUCUGUUUCUUGUCUUUGUGUAAAGACUCUUGGAUAUAGCUUCAUAUUCAAUCGGCGGAUAU